AUGUUGAACCCCGUAUCGCCGCUUUUCUUCAGCAUAGCUUUGACCACUUCAGCUAGUUUCAUACCGCUCCCGGCUUCUAUCCAUCUCACCGAACCUGGUCUCGCUGUUGGGAAUGUCUCUCUGAACGCAGAUGUACCAGAUCCACGCUUCAGCAUAUCUCCCAUAUUUGAAGUCCCGCUUCUCCCAACCGACCCUUGUCUUGUGAAUUUCUUGUACUUUAUGAGUGAGAUCGCCUAUGGAGACUUCACCCAGCGACAUCCACCCAAGACGUACAGAGUUCCCGGCUACGAUGAAGUCGAGAUCGUAACCGGGACUGCUAUGACCGCGCGAUUCCUUAUCUGGGGCGCGUGGCUGGCGAUGAAGUACAUGAUUAACAACAGUCUAUUCCGUAAUGCGCUCUGGACACUCAGGUGGCAACAGACUAUACUUGGCACCAUCAAGAUCCAGGCAUCCACACCUCGCCUCGGUCUUCCAGGUAGCAGCAAUGUUCAGCGAUUCGGCACACCAUCCACCGAGAACGGCACGACGAACCCCGGAGCAACCAUCAGCGAUCCGAACAUCUCCAACCACUCCCUCGACGCGCGGUUCGUCGUGUCCAUCGACUCCUUCGCCGACGGCAAACCUCUCACCAAGUACGAAGGCUUCAUGAUCUGCUACACCGGACUCUUAUACUGCGCCCAGCAACCUACGACGGCGCCGAUGCGGUCUUUCCACACCCGGUCGCCCAUCGGCGACGUGUCGCUCCACAUGUACCCAUCCCGCCCGGGUCUGACAUACGCGUACAUCAUCCGGACCUUGACGCACAUCCCGCUCUAUCUGCUACGGGACCCCCGCGGCUUCCGCGAGGUCAAUUUCGAUCUGGACCUUGACGGCGCGGUGUGUGCCAGAGGGGCCAUCACCAAAGGACGGGUGUGA